AUGGCCUCUCCAGCCAACGCGACCGUUAGUGCUGACGUCGGUCGAUCAACUGUUGAGAGUUCUGCUUCAAGUCCGUUUGGUGUCACCGACUCACCUUCAGGGUCUGUCAGCUCAACUGAGCCGUUGUCAGAUGCAUCUUUGUCCAAUGAAGAGAGCGAAAACAUUCGAAUCUCGCUCCUAGGUAUCGACACCCCCGAAUGUAGCAUUUGCCAUAAAUGGCUUAACAUGCCCGAUAAGCCUCGCCAAACUUGUCCUGUCUGCAGAAGUCAAGCUUAUCGCAUAGUCCCACCGCAAAAGGAUAUAGCCAUCGAGAAUGCAGCUCUAUAUCGAAUAGUCGAGGGCGAGCGCUUUGAAAGUGAUGACUUGGCUCUCUCGGCUCUGAUAGCUACCAAAUUGCUGAAGCUUGACUCCGCCAAAGUGGCUCCAGAAACCGAACUGCAUAGUGACCAGUAUAUUGACUGCAUCAUCAGUGCAGUCGACUAUUAUCUUACCAAGGCUCAAGAAUAUGAAACGGAAUUUCCAAUUCAUUUUUCUGGGGUAGGCUCUUACAGCGGGCUCCAGGAAGCCGUAGAGAAGCUCAAACUCAGGAGCUCUUCCAUCAGAAAACCUUUUUUUGAGGAAGAGGUAGCGGCAGCGAUUAAGAAAGUGAUCUUCUCGGAUUCUGCACUGAAUGUUCGUAUAUCAAAGCGAGUGGGUUUAGCAAACCGCAUGUCAUCCUGGUGCGGUCCAAUCGACUCAAAUCUGCAAGGAGAUAAACGAUAUACUCGAAGAGCAAAAAUUAUGACCCGACGAUUAAUAUAUGUUCUAUCCUCAGAGUUCGAUCAUUACCCACUAUGGAGACCGGAAGUGGAAUUGCUCUCGAGUCUUGAUCAGGACAGUCUAAGAAGAUGGAAACCCGAUUUUCGCGCCACCCAUAAGGAUUUCAACGCCAGUGAAGAUUUCAAAGCCCGUGAGGACGUCGAUAAAGACCCCUCCCAAUUUACCUUCGUGAAACCUUUCAUUGAGCGUACACUCGAAAGCUGGGGUAUCACCGACGUGAAGGUAGAGUGA